AAACAAAAAUAAGGCUCAAAAUAGCAUAGAGAAAGAAAUAAUAAAAAUAUAAUAUUUACAAGUUUAUAAUUACAAAAAGAAAGCUAGACUUUCUCCUUUUACACUAUACUAGAGAGUCGGGGCACUCAUUUCCCCCAAUAUUCGAAAAUGGCCGUCGCUAAUCUGCAGAAAUUCGCUUCGCGAAUCGUCCGAAACCCAUCAAUUCUUUCAAUCACUCGAUCUUCCGCCGCCGCAGCCGGAUCCGGGUCCUCAACCCGCACCGGGUCCGCCAAAGUCUCCGAUCGGAUCGUCAAGCUCUUCGCCAUUGACCCGGAAGGCCAUAAACGUGAAAUCAUCGGACUUUCGGGUCAAACACUUCUCAAAGCCCUAACUAAUAACGGGUUAAUUGACCCGGAUUCACAUCGCCUUGAAGAAAUCGACGCGUGUUCUUCGGAAUGUGAGGUCCACAUUGCUCAGGAAUGGCUUGAGAAGCUUCCACAAGCUUCGUAUGAUGAAGAGUAUGUGUUGAAGAAGAAUUCUAGAGCUAGGGUUUUGAACAAGCAUUCUAGGCUGGGUUGUCAGGUGGUGCUUUCGCCGGAGCUUCAAGGUAUGGUUGUGGCGAUUCCUGAGGCGAAGCCAUGGGAUAUCCCGUAAAAAGGUGAAAUUGAAUCUUUUGAGAAGUUUGUGAACUGGAGUUUUUACGGUUUUGAGUUAAUAAUUUGUGGAAUUUAUGGUACUUGAUAGGCAGUUUGUGUCAAAAUUGUCCCAAAGUUGACAACUCUGUUCGUUUUAAAUUGCAUACUUUUCGAGUUCCUGUAUGAAUUUUCUCUAUUAUCUGUUAAUUUACUUGCACCAGAAUGAAAUUGGUUUGAUAAA